AUGUCCUUAUUUCUUCUUUUUUUUUCUGUUGACAAGCGUUUUCCGGAUCUGUGGAAAAAAUUUUCUUCCUGCUCAGCCUCACAUGAAGUGGUGACAAACUUUUUAUGGGUUUUUUCUCUUUCUUUUUUUCUCUCUCUCUUUAAUCUGUCUAUUUUUUCUCUCUCUUUCCUUUUUCUCUCUCUUCCUCUUUCUUUCUUUCUCUCUCUCUUUUUUUCUUUCUCUCUCUCUCUCUCUUUUCCUUUUUCUCUCUCUCUCUCCUUUUUUUUUUCUCUCUCUCUCUCCUCUUUCUUUUUCUCUCUCUCUCCUUUUUUCUUUUCUCUCUCUCUUCUCUUUCUUUUUUCUUCUCCUCUUUUCUCUUUUCUUUUCUCUCUCUCUCUCUCCUCUUUCUUUUUCUCUCUCUCUCUCUCUUCUUUCUUCUCUUUCUCUCCUCUUUCUUUUUUCUCUCUCUCUCUCUCUUUCUUUUUUCUCUCUCUCUCUCUCUUUUUUCUCUCUCUCUCUCUCUUUCUUUUUUUUCUCUCUCUUUUCUCCUCUUUCUUUUUCUCUCUCUCUCUCUUUUCUUUUUUUCUUUCUCUCUCUCUCUUUUUUUCUUUUUCUUUCUUUUUUUUUCUCUUCUCUCUUUUUUUCUCUCUCUCUUUUUUUUUCUUUCUCUCUCUCUUUUUUUCUUUUUUUUUCUUUUCUCUCUUUUCUUUUCUUUUUUUUCUCUCUUUUCUCUUUUCUUUUUUUUUCUCUCUCUUUUUUUUUUCUCUUUUCUUUCUUUUCUUUCUCUCUCUUUUCUUUCUUUUUUCUCUUUCUUCUCUUCUUUUUCUUUUUUUCUUUUUUCUCUUUCUUUCUCUCUUUUUUUUUUUUUUCUUCUCUUUCUUUUCUUUUUUCUCUUUUUCUUUUUCUUUCUUUUUCUUUCUUUCUCUUUUUUUUUUCUUUUCUCUCUCUCUUUCUUUCUUUCUUUCUCUCUCUCUCUUUUCUUUUUUUUUUCUUUCUCUCUCUUUUUUUUUUUUUUUUUCUUUCUCUUUCUUUUUUCUUUUUCUUUUCUCUCUCUCUUUUUUUUUUCUUUCUUUUCUUUCUCUCUCUUUUCUUUUUCUUUUCUCUCUCUCUUUUUUUCUUUCUCUCUCUCUUUCUUUUUUUCUUUUUCUCUCUCUCUUUUUUCUUUUUUCUUUUUUUUCUUUCUUUUUUUUCUUUCUCUUUCUUUUUUUUUUCUUUUUCUUUUUCUUUCUCUUUCUUUUUCUUUUUUUUCUCUUCUCUCUUUCUUUUUUUUUUUUUCUCUCUCUCUUUUUUUUUUUUUCUUUCUCUCUCUUUUUUUUUCUUUUCUCUCUCUUUUUUCUUUUUUUCUUUCUUUUCUUUUUCUUUCUUUUUUUCUUUUCUCUUUUCUUUCUCUUUUUCUUUUUUUUUUUUUUUUUUUUUUUCUUUCUCUUCUCUUUUUUUUCUUUUUCUCUCUUUUCUUUCUUUUCUUUCUUUUUUCUUCUCUUUUCUUUUCUUUUUCUUUUUCUUUUUCUCUCUCUCUUUUUUUUUUUUUCUCUUUUUUUUCUUUUUCUUUCUUUCUUUUCUUUUUUUUUUUUUCUUUUCUUUCUUUUCUUUUCUUUCUUUUUUUUUUUUUUCUCUCUUUUUUUUUCUUUUUCUCUUUUCUCUUUUUCUUUUUUUUUUUCUCUCUUUCUUUUUUUCUUUCUCUCUUCUUUUUUUUUUUUUUCUCUCUUUUUUUUUCUUUUUUUUCUCUCUCUCUCUUUCUUUUCUCUUUUCUCUUUUUCUUUUCUCUUUCUUUUUUUUUUUUUCUUCUCUUUUCUUUUUUUCUUUUUCUUUCUCUCUCUUUUUCUUUUUCUUUCUCUUUCUCUUUUUUUCUUUCUCUUUUUUUCUUUUCUCUUUCUCUUUUUCUUUCUCUCUUUCUUUUUUUCUCUCUCUCUUUCUUUUUUUUCUUUUUUUUUCUUUCUCUUUUCUUUUUUUUUUUUCUUCUUUUCUUUUUCUUUCUCUCUCUCUUUUUUUUCUUUUUCUUCUCUCUUUUCUUCUCUUUUUUUCUUUUUCUCUUCUUUUUUUCUUUUUCUUUCUUUUCUUUCUCUUUCUUUUUUCUUUCUCUCUCUCUUUUGUUUCUUUUCUUCAUUAAUGAAUAAUAUUAAAAUUUUCUUUUUCUUUCUCUACCCUUUUUUUUUCUUUUCUUUCUUAAUCUUUGAUCUAACGUUCAUGUCGGAUGCUGCCCACACAAUCCUCACACUGAUGACCGAUCAGAGUACAACGGUUCGAAUGAAGGCAGCCUGGGCUCUAGCAAAUUUCUGUGAUGCGCUAGCACUCAACAGGGAAAACAAGGAUGAGGAAUUUCUUGAGGACUUUUCAGACUCACUCCUCCUAAAGUUAUUUGAAACGGCAACCAACGCUUCCCAAGACAAUGACAAAAUCCGAUCCAAUGGAGUCCGAGCAUUGGGAAAUCUUUUACGUUAUCUUUCCGAUAAAUCCUUAGGUAAGCAAAGUCUUGCUGCAUCCUGA